CCGAAACACUCUACUUUUAGUUACGUCUUUCAUUUCUUCAACGCUUUAGUCUUUUUCAGUUUUUACCCCCAAUAGAAAGAAGAAUCAAACUUUUUGUUUUACCAGAAGAAGACUCUCUCCGUCUACCAAAGUGUUAACGAUGAGGAGGUGCCUUUCCAAAAUCACUGAAUGCCAAAUGGGUUUCAAGAAUUUGAAUUUUUUCCUGGUUGGGUCAAGCUCAGUAUCAAGAACCAUAACUACUGCUAUUGAGCGUUCAUGUAGCAGUAAUGCAGCUCAAGUUGAUCAUCAGACAAAAGACAACUCUGUCUCGGACAUGUUGAUUGAUUCAUUUGGUCGGAUGCAUACAUACCUGAGGAUAUCUUUGACGGAGCGGUGUAAUCUCCGGUGUCAGUAUUGCAUGCCGUCUGAAGGCGUUGAACUUACUCCUAAUUCUCAGUUGCUGUCACAGUCUGAGAUUGUUCGUUUGGCUGGUCUUUUUGUUUCUUCUGGGGUUAACAAGAUUCGUUUGACCGGUGGUGAGCCUACUGUUAGGAAAGAUAUUGAAGAGAUAUGUCUGCAGUUGUCUAGCUUAAAAGGGUUGAAGAAUUUGGCUAUCACUACCAACGGUAUCACUCUUGCGAAAAAGCUACCAAAGCUUAAAGAAUGUGGUCUUGAUUCGUUAAAUAUCAGCUUGGAUACUCUGGUUCCAGCAAAGUUUGAGUUUCUCACUAGACGUAAAGGGUACGAGAGGGUUAUGCAAUCCAUUGAUACCGCUAUUGCCCUUGGAUACAAUCCUGUAAAGGUCAACUGUGUUGUCAUGAGGGGAUUGAAUGAUGAUGAGAUUUGUGAUUUUGUGGAGUUGACACGCGAGAAGCCAAUUAAUGUCCGGUUCAUCGAGUUUAUGCCCUUUGAUGGAAAUGUUUGGAAUGUAAAGAAACUUGUGCCUUAUGCAGAAGUGAUGGAUAAAGUGGUAAAGGGCUUUCCGAGUAUAAAACGUAUGCAAGAUCACCCGACUGAAACAGCUAAGAACUUUACAAUCGAUGGACAUGUCGGUUCUGUAUCUUUCAUCACAUCCAUGACAGAACACUUCUGUUCCGGCUGCAAUAGAUUAAGGUUACUUGCAGAUGGGAACUUCAAAGUAUGCUUGUUUGGUCCUUCAGAGGUUAGUUUGAGAGAUCCUCUCCGGUCUGGUGCUGAUGACGAAGCGCUAAGGGAAAUUAUAGGCGCUGCGGUGAAGAGGAAGAAAGCCGCACACGCUGGAAUGCUUGACAUUGCCAAGACAGCUAAUAGACCAAUGAUACACAUCGGUGGCUAAAGCACAGCUAAUGUUGGGGAAGUUCUUGGAAAACACAAGAAGGAACAUUGAGUUCCAUAUUUUGUAAGAAUCUAUCUCCCUGCUGCUCCAACUAUGUGACAGAAAUUUUUGCAAACAAGAACAGAAAUAGUUUAUAUGUGUUCUUAUCUGUAUACGUUAUAGAUACUGUACAGGAACUCAGAAUUCCUAUAUGAACUUUCUCAGUCCGAUUACUUUUCUUA